CUGGCAAGAUGGCUGCUCCCAGAUGCUAGCAACGUGUGUUUAGUGUACAUUUGAAACUUGUUGUAUUUGAAUAUAUCGACACAGUCAGUACAACAUAUUACACAUUUGUCGACUAGUUUAUGUUUGAUACAAAAUUACUGUGAAAUAUGAAGACAAAAUCCUCACAUCACAAAUCUGAGAACACGUUUAAGUUUCUCACAUUCUCAGAAAGAUUGGCAAAUGUUAACAUUGAUAUAAUCCAUCGCAUCGAUAGGACAGAGAGUUAUUCAGAGGAAGUUGAGACCUAUUUCUAUGAAGGACUACAGAAAUGGAGAGACCUCAACCUCACGCAACAUUUUGUGGCAUUCUCCAGGGAAGUGUCCAGCAAAUGCCAAUCAUUCCACCAGCUGGUCUAUCACCAAGAUGCCGUUGUACAAAGUUUGAAGACCCAUUUGCAAGUGAAGAACAGCCUUGCCUACCAACCAUUGCUUGAUCUUGUGGUCCAGCUGGCUAGAGAUCUUCAGACAGAUUUCUACCCCCAUUUUCAAGAUUUUUUCCUGGUGAUUUCUCCACUUUUGGACACCAAGGACACGGAGCAGAUAGAAUGGGCUUUUACCUCUUUGUCAUACCUCUACAAAUACCUGUGGAGAAUGAUGGUGAAGGACAUGCCGACUAUAUACAGUUUGUACAGCACUCUACUGGCCCACAAAAAAGCCCACAUCAGAAACUUUGCUGCAGAGAGUUUCGCCUUUCUGUUGAGGAAGGUAUCGGAUCUAAAUGGACUGUUUAAUUUCAUGUUUCUGGACCUUAAGGAACAUCCCCAAAAGGUGGAAGGCCUGGGGCAACUUUUGUUUGAGAUGUGCAAAGGAGUGAGGAACAUGUUUCAUUCAUCUGCUUCUAAGGCUCUUAUAGUGAUCCUAAGGAAGUUAGGUCCUAUCACCGAAAUGGAGGAAGUGCUGCCCUGGAGCUUGGUUGGAGAGGCAUUCAAUCAUUUUGUGGAAUCUGCGACAUCAUAUAUCCACAGAGAACAUCUUGAUCUACUUUUUAACAGUAUUCAGGAGUCUCUUGUAGAGCUUUCACGAAAGAUGGUUCCAAGUGUCGGUACCGAAUGUUCUGAGCAAAUAGAAAGAUUACUGGAGGCAUAUUGCAUUCUUGUGGCGCAUGGACAUGGCUCCAAAAUUCCACAACCCGAACAUGUUUCUAAGACUUUGACAGAAAUGAUGCAGGUUCCCAAUAUAUCAUUGUCUUGUUGCCACAGUCUUUUGGAGCUCAUUUCUACAUUGCUUCUUAGUGAGAAUGUCACUCUUCCAGCAUCAGAGAUCACAGAAACCGUGAACAAGGUAUUCGAAAGUGGUUUUUCAAGGAGUUUGGUUUUGGAGUUCUCAGAAAAAAUGUUCAGUAUGAAACACUUUGAGCAGCAUUUUCUUCCGAGUUUCCUGCAGUACCUCCUGCCGUUCUUUACUGAUGGAGAUGCAGCAACCAAGACUGAGGCCUUACUAAUCCUGACAAAGCUUAUUUUAGAAAAAGCCGAACCCCCUGCUGUCGCUUCAAUGGCAUUUGAAAAAUAUCCUCUUGUUUUUGUGGAUAAAACAAAGAUAGUCAGAUCAAGAAAUGUUGAAGAGGGAAGUUUACCAGUGCUUGAUUAUGUGUUAUCAUUGAUUCAAUUGGCUGCAAUCCAGGAUAGCAAACACCUCUCAAACUGCUGGGCUGCUUUAGUAGUUCUUCCUCACCUAAGGCCACUGCAAAAGGACAAAAUUGUGCAGCUUUUGGCAAACUUCAUAGAAAUAUUGCUGAAUUACAUUGGCCAAGGAAAACUACUUAAAGGAAUCUUUUUUGUAGCUUGCCAAGCUAUAAGCACCUUACUCAGUCUGGAUGAUUCGGCCAAUAUCUUGAACAUUGUCCCAAUGGAGAGUAUAACGAACCUUUUGCUCACUUUUCCCUCUGACCCAUCAGUCCUGCUCUUGGCUGAUCUCUACCUCACUAGGUUAGCCUUCUGUGGUUGCAAAGACCAACUUUCCCACCCCAGAUUGUUGGACAUAUUUUCAACGCUUCAGUAUAAUAUAUCAUCCAACGUCGCAAAGGUGCGCCUUUUGACCAUCAGGAUUUUAAACCAGUUUGAAAUCGAAUCUGCAGUCGGUCAGGAGGAACCCAGAAUUGGCGAAAACCAGUCACUGUUUUCUAUACUACUGCAAGCUGAACUAGUCACUGCCUCUGUCCAUGAAUACAGAGAGAAGCUCCUUCAUCUUAGGAAACUGAGACAUGACCUUAUACAACCUUUAUCAAAAGGCAGUUUCCAGGAGGUCCCUCUUCGAUAUUUAUUGGCGAUGCUGUAUGUCAACUUUAGCCCUCUCUGGGAUCCAGUGAUUGAACUUAUUGUUUCUCAUGCAAAUGAAAUGGAGAAUAAGUCCUUCUGGAAGAUAUUCUAUGAACAUUUGGAAAAGUCUGCUGCCCAUGCUGAAAAAGAGUUACAUGAUGACCUGAAGGAGGAAGUAUCAGACAGCCAGAGUGAAGAACCAGACUGUCCUCCUAAAGACAAAAUUGAGGUCCUAUAUGAGGACACGAUGAAGUGCAAAACAAAAACUAAGGACAGAACAGAUUACACCAAUUUCCGGUUUCUUCUCUGGAAGGCGAUGUCCCUCUUCCCAGACAGGGUGGAGCCAAGAUCAAGAGAACUCUCCCCCUUACUUCUCAGAUUUAUAAGCAAUGAAUACUAUCCCGCAGAUUUGUUGGUAGCCCCAUCACAGGACCUGACACCGAAAAAUCCAGAUAAAACAAAGCCCACGCCUGAAGACAAAGGAAACGUGGAUGAGGAUGAAGCCAUGGAAGAGGAGAAUGACAACAAUUUGGAUGACACAAAGACCACUGAAAAGAAAAAAAACAGAAGGGCUGCCUCAAAGCAACUCAUUGCGCAUUUGAAAGUUUUUUCCAAGUUUUCCAACCCACGUGCCCUCUACCUAGAACCCAAGCUACAUGAACUGUAUACACAGUUACUUUGCCAUCAAGAUCAGAAUGUGCAAAAAGUUGCAUUGGAUUGUGUGCUUAGCUACAAACAUCCCCACAUCCUUCCAUACAGAGAGAACCUACAAAAGCUCCUGGAAGAUAAAAAUUUUAAAGAAGGAAUAGUCCAUUUUAGCAUUUCUGAAGAAAAUUCAAUCGUGAAAACGUCCCACAGGCCUGAUCUGAUGCCUGUUCUAAUGAGAAUUUUGUAUGGCCGCAUGAGAAGCAAAACAGGCACCAAAACACAGGGAAAGGCAGCAUCGGGAACUCGCAUGUCUAUUGUUUUACGAUUCCUGGCUGGAUCCCAACCUGAGGAGAUUCAAAUGUUUCUGGAUCUUCUGUAUGAGCCGGUCAAGCAUCUGAAAGAUGGAAAAUGCCUUGCUGCUGUGAUACAAUGUAUAGAAAGCCUGGACCUGUCCAGAGUUCUUCCGCUUGGACGUCAGCACAGUUUAUUUAAUAGUUUGGAGGUUGUUUUAAAAAACCUGGGUCACCUAAUUAAUCCCUACUUACCAGAAAUUCUUCAGAUAUUAUUGUGCAUGACUGCAACAGUAUCGUAUGCUCUUCAACAGCGUGAAAAGAUACAGCUCAAACUUAUCAACCCCCUGAAGAAUUUACGACGUUUAGGGAUCAAACACAUAGUAGAAUAUUUCACUGACUUUGACAAUUAUCCCUUCUCUGCUGAAGAAUUGGAUGCUGUGUUUCAUGCCGUGAUAUGGCCACAGAUUACCAGACUUGCUGCUGAGAGUCAGUACUCUCCUUCCCUAGUGCUGAAGCUAAUUCAUGUUUGGAGCAAAAACCCCAGGUAUUUUCCUUUACUUGCCAAGCAAAAAUGUGGACAACCUGAACAUGAUGUACUCCUUAAUGUAUUUGCUCUGCUCUCGACUAAAAAUGUGUCGGAGGCUAGUGCAUCCAUCAUAAUCGAUAUAACAGACAAUCUUCUGAACAGCCCAGACUUUGAGGCUAGCGAAAGUGUUCUUUGCUUGGUGGUAAAUGACUAUAUAAUCCCUGAAGUCACAAUGGAGAAUGAAGAAACUCCAACCAUUGGCAUGAAGCUGAUACUUCCACACAUUGCUGCUAUUCUCCAGUACCUGAGUAGAAGUAUGAUGAAUGCUGAGAAAAUUAGAAAGAAGAAAUUCAGCGCACAGGUCAGCAAAGAGCUAAGCAUUCUUUCAAAGAUAAGCAAGUUUAUCCAGGACAGAGAUCAAAGUACAGUACUCAUCAACCUUCUUCUGUCAUACUUGCAUAAAAGUAAUACAAAUCAGGACACAGAAGUUGAACUCUUGCAAACAGUGCAGAAUUUAUUAAGACACUGUUCAAACCCCACAAGCUUUUUGAAGCCACUAAGCAAACUGUUUGCUGUCAUUCAAAACAAGUUGUCUCGCCAGGCACUUUCUACAACCUUCCAGGUUUUGUCUGAACUGGAUCCCAAAUUACAAUAUAUAACAGAUGUUGUUGAUAAGUUGAAUGCAUUUGACAAAAGGCAUUUGGAUGACAUCUACUUUGAUGUUAGAUUAACAGCUUUCCAAAAUGCUACAUCUUGUGUCAAGGAAAUGAAGUCACUGGACAUCAACUAUAUUCUUCCUAUUGUGUACAAUUGCUUUCACACGAUCCAGCUUUGUGAGAUGUCUCUUAGCGACAAUGCAAUCCUUUUCCUUCAAAGCAUUAUCUCGCACAUUGCAUCCAUGGAAAACUCAGAGAAUGAAUACCGAGAAAUAAUACACCGCACUUUACUGGAGAGCUUAAAGAAACAACUGAAAAGCAAAGUGGAGAAUAUCCAGCAAGACUAUACAACUAUACUUUGCAGUCUGAUUCGGGCUUUUCCUAAGCAUCCGGAAUUUGCAGACCUUGUUCAGCUUACAGACUACAAUGAUCCAGAAAUGGAUUUCUUCGAGAACAUGAAACACAUUCAGAUUCACAGAAGAGCACGUGCAUUGAGAAAGCUAGCAAAGAACAUUAUGGAAGAAAACGUAGUGUUGUCAUCUAGAUCUCUCCAGAGUUAUAUUAUGCCAUAUGCCACUGCCACCCUUUUUGAUGAGAAAAUGCUUAAGCAUGAAAACAUGAUAACUGCAUCUGUGGAGAUGGUGGGAUCUGUGUGCAAGCACCUCUCCUGGUCUGCAUACAUGUAUCACUUAAAGCAUUUCAUUCAUGUGCUUCAGACUGGACAAAUUACCCAAAAACUGGGUGUCAGCUUGCUGGUGACCGUGCUUGACGCAUUUCACUUUGAUCAUGAAACACUGGAAAAACAGCUGCAAGCGGCUGAGAAUAGAGAAAAUGUAAUGGACACUGAGGUUACAGACGAGGAUGAAACAAUGGAGGUGGAUGAAGAGGUUGAGCAAAAGGAUGAACCAGAGAUAAUUCCAAUGGAUAGUGAAAAUGUGAAUGAUGCUGAUAAUGAGACCCCUACUGGAGAAGUGAAGAGCAGUCAGAAGAUAAACCAUACAUUUCUGCCAAAAAACAAAGAAGAAAUAGCUUCAUUAAUUAAACAUAUACAAGAAACAGUGACUAAUAACAUCAUACCCAAGCUACAGAAGUGCCUUGAUGCAAAGGUAAAACGGGAUGAAGAGCAUAAAUUGGCGAAGUCCAAGGUUGUUAAUGAAGAGGAGGUAGUUCGGGUCCCACUGGCCUUUGCGUUAGUGAAGUUAAUGCAGACACUGCCACAAGAGAUUGUGGAAGCCAAUUUACCAAGUAUUCUGCUGAAGAUUUGUGUCCUUCUGAAGAACAGAGCACAAGAAAUCAGAGAUGUUGCUCGAAACACUUUAAUUAAGAUCAUUGAAACUCUUGGGGCUCGGUACCUGCAUUAUGUGUUGAGAGAAAUGCAAAGUGUGCUUGUCAAAGGUUACCAGGUCCAUGUGCUGUCAUUCACUGUAAAUCUACUUUUAAAAGGCCUAAUUGCCAACCUUCAAUGUGGAGAGCUUGAUGCCUGCUUGGAAACAUUAAUACAGAUUUUCAAUUUUGAGCUGUUUGGUGCCGUUGCUGAAGAAAAAGAAGUUAAAGGAAUAGUUUCUAAAGUCAUGGAGGCUCGAAGCAGCAAGAGUUAUGAUUCUUAUGAGCUUCUAGCACAGUUUGUUGGGAAAGAUCAAGUUACCAACAUGAUUGUUCCAUUGAAAGAGCUUUUGGAGAAGACCACCAGUUUAAAGCUGGCCCGCAAAGUGCAUGAAGCUCUCCGCAGAAUUGUUUUUGGUCUCAUAGCCAACAAAGACAUGACAGCAGAGUCCAUUUUGUUGCUCAGCUAUGGCCUCAUCAGUGAAAACCUUCCACUUUUAACCGAAAAAGACAAGAAUAACCAGUCAGAGACACUUCCUCCUGAUCCACGUCUCCAGCCAAAGAGUUGUCUGUUAAUUGAGCGUCCACUGCCUCGCGGAGGUCAGAAGGCUGCUGUUAGUAGCAGGACCAAUAUGCACAUCCUAAUAGAGUCUGGACUUCGGUUGCUGCACAUGAGCUUGAAGAAAUCCAAAGUUAAUUCUUCAGAGGAACGUGUCUUGGAGAUGUUAGAUCCAUUUGUACAACUUCUGAUUGGAUGCUUUAAGUCUAUGGAUGUUAAGGUUAUCACUGGAGCCUUGCAGUCUCUCAUUUAUAUGCUGAAGUUUCCGUUGCCCUCUAUUGAAACAAACACUGAGCAGCUCAUUAAAGAGCUUUUCCUCUUGCUGAAAGACUAUGCAAAAGCAGGGGCAGCCAAAGGCCAGAAUUUCCACCUUGUUGUGAACUGCUUCAAGUCCGUUACAAUCUUGGUGAGACACAUGAAAGGAAACAUCAGUGAGAAACAGCUCCAAGUGUUACUGGGCUACGCAGAAGAGGAUAUAUAUGAUUCAACACGUCAAGCUACGGCCUUUGGUUUGCUUAAGGCUAUUGUAUCAAGAAAACUGAUUGUCCCUGAGAUGGAUGAGGUGAUGCAGAAAGUUGGAAAGUUAGCAGUCACUGCUCAGACUGACCAAGUUAGAGUCCAGUGUCGUCAGAUAUAUAUAAAGUAUCUUCUUGACUAUCCCCUUGGCGAUAAACUGAAACAGAACUUGGAAUUCAUAAUUGCACAAUUUAAUUAUGAGUAUGAAACUGGAAGAGACUCUGCCUUGGAAAUGAUUGCUUCUAUUUUCCAGAUGUUUACACAAGGUAUGCUCAGUCAGUACUGUGGCCUUAUCUUUGCCCCACUUGUUUUGAUGAUUGUAAAUGAUGAUUCUCCUAAGUGUAAGAAGAUGGCUGCCCUUGCAGCUAAGACUCUUCUCAGCAAGGUCACUCUGCAGCAGAAGAACCUGAUGUUUACAAUGGUCAACCAGUGGCUAAACAGUGAAAAGUCUACACAUAAAAGGCUAGGUGCCCAGACCUGUGGUUUAUUUGUUGAAGUUGAAGGCGUGGAUUUUGAGAGUCGACUGGAAGCCCUCCUGCCAAUGAUUGAAAAGGAAAUUGAUCCCUUGCUGUUUGAAGAUCUGCAAGAAGAGUCACAAGAAAAGUCAGCAGACAGACUUCUGUUUAGUUUCCUUACUUUGCUUACAAAAAUAAUAAAAGAAUGUAAUGUCACACAGUUACCAAAGCACAGUAAAGUGAUGAACACAAUCUGCGCCCACGUGCAGUCGCAUUUGUAUUAUCCCCACAGCUGGGUCUGGCUUACUGCAUCUCAGAUUUUUGGGCUUUUGUUUGCCCUUCAAAAACCAGAAGACCUUGUCAAUCAAUGGAACGCAAAAAGAAAAAGUGGAAAGAAUACUAAGCCGGAAUGUAUUGUUCCAUACUUAUCUGACAACCUGGAUGCAAAGAUGAAAGACCUUGCACUGUCAUUUUGUCAUCAACUGCAAUCAAAAUUUCUUGAUCAACCCCUAGGAGAACAGGUUAUCAAGAAUCUAUUGUUUGUGGCUAAAGUUAUAUACCUUCUUCAUGCUGACGAGGAACAAUCAGAAGAUAAUAACAAGGUUAACUGCAAUGAAGAAGACGACCAUCAAGAAACUGCAGCGGAUGCCUCAGGAGAUGAGGAGACAACUGAAAAGGAUGCAGUAGAGGGGGCCACUUUACUGUGGCUAAUGAAGAAACUAUCUGUCCUGGCAAAAAGAGAAGCUGCUCAUACACCUAAAAAUCCUCUCAAGAGAACUUGCAUAUUCAAAUUCCUGGGAGCUCUGGCUGUGGAUCUUGGAAAAGAAAGAGUCAAACCAUUUCUCCCUGUUAUCAUCACUCCACUUUUCAGAGAGUUGAACAGCACCUAUUCAGAACAAGAUCCAACCCUCAAAAAUCUGUCUCAAGAGAUCAUCGACCUACUUAAGAACUUGGUGGGGCUGGAGAAUUUCUCUUUGUCAUUUUCAGCCGUUCAGAAACAAGCCAAUCAGAAGAGGGUCAUGAGGAAAAAACAAAAGGCAUUACAGGUGGUGGCUAAUCCAGACCUGGCAGCUAAGAAGAAGCUUAAAAAACACAAAAACAAAAUUGAGUCGAAAAAAAGAAAAAUUGAGUUCCUGCGCCCUGGCUAUAAAGCCAAAAAACCACGUAGCAAUACUCUUAAAAAUUUAGCAAUGGUUCAAUGAAAGACUAUCGGACUCUUUUGUGCAGUGAAAAAUAUUGUAUAUAUAUGGAGUGUGGUUGAAGUACAUUAAUAUACCUCUGAGGCAACCAGUGUGAAGCAUUCUUACACUAUUGUACAGUUUAAUGUACUGAUUGACAUUUUAUAAUUAAAGCUGAAAUGUAUAAUGUUCCCGUUGUGAACCCACAAUACUUCUGACAGGUUGAUAGAUCAUGUUUAUUAACAUUAACAGAAUAUAGAGUUUAAAACUGGGUAAAGGGUGUGUUUUCACAAGAAGUUUCAGAACGGAACUGAUAAAAUCCGGACUUCAUACAUACAGUUUCAGGAUGUCCAAAUUAACUGUUGCAGUCCACCCACAGGGAAUGUUUGAUUUUACUCUGCCUAAAGCACAUGCAUCUAGCAGUUGUAGACCGGUCUCUUCUCCCCCUCC